UAACACUCUCCCAACUAUUCAAAACAACCUUCACUUGAUCAGUGCUUCAUUUCAUAUCUCCUUCCUGUUCUCUGUGCAUUCUCGAAAAGAAGAGAUGGCUUCAUUUUGCGACCUUUCUCUACCAAUCACCAUCAGUUUUCUUCUUCUCGUCUGCCAGUCAUUUGGCUGGCCUAUAGAUCCAACUCAUGGCUUCAAACAGCUACCAUUUAACACAUCUUUUUACCAUAUCCAAAAGCCUUACAACUUGCCUGAAACUGAUCGGUAUAGCUUCUUCAGUGGCAUCCACAAGCUAUGGGUGUACUCCACAGACAAACCUCUGUCCAAAAAUAGCCCAACCAAGCCUCGAACAGAAAUCAUUAUUAGUGGAUAUUAUUAUUCUUCUGGUGUGUGGCAAUUUGAAGGUUAUGGAUACGUGCCAUGUGGAACAUCAGGAGUGUGUGUCAUGCAAGUGUUUGGAGCUGGUGGGAAUCAUGCAACAACCUUGAUGCUUAGAGUCUAUAAUGGCACACUAUAUUAUUACAGGGAAGCGGCCAUUGUUCCAAACAUCUAUGAUAGAUGGUUUCGAGUAAAUGUGAUCCAUGAUGUUGAUGCUUCGAAAAUUAAGGUCUAUAUUGAUGGGGUGCUCAUGUACGAGGCACUUGGGCGUGGAGGGAAAUUCCAUUACUUCAAGUGUGGAGUUUAUGCUCAGAAUGAUGAUUCUUCCUAUAUGGAGUCUCGAUGGAAGGGAAUCAAGAUUCUGAAAAAAAGUGAUUGAUCAUGUUCUUUGUUUGUAGUUUGGACAUUGAAAGUGUGAUACAAUAAUGAUGAAAUAAAGACAAGUACAUAUGUAUGCUUUAGUUCUUGUUCAUUAUUAAGUCCUGUUAC